GCGGGUGUUCAUCAGCGGGAGAGAGAAGCUCCGUUUGGCUGCUCAUGACGAAAAAGGGCUUACACAGCGUAUGAAUAUUUGAAGGAGUUGGGUGGUGACUUGGGAGACACAUUUGCCCACGGCACUCCUAUUGGUUUAUUGGUGACGUGAUGACACGGAGGAGUUGGGCUUAACACUUUAUAAAGCUUCUCGGUCCGCGGCGAGCCACUCUUUUAAAGACCACUGUUGCUGAAACUUCUCAUUCCGCAACUCACGUACUGGAAGCAGACGAGAAACCUCGACAUCACCUUCCACCAUGAGCGAGAGACAAGGAUCUGGAGCAGCUGCUGGCAACAACAAGACAUCUGGAGGACAAGAUGCGUCCAAGACGAACGUCCCGGAGGACUUUGACAUCGACAUGGACGACCCUGAGACCGAAAAGGCGGCGGUCGCCAUCCAGUCCCAGUUCAGGAAGUUCCAGAAGAAGAAGCGUGAUGAGAAGUCCUAGUGAGCACCACGUUGCUCUGCCACUGUGUGUAGAGAUGGCAGGUGGAAGCGAUGGCACAGUGACGAUGGUGUGACAUUUGCAUGUAAACAAAUUCAUACCUGUUGGAACUCCAGGGGGUUGUGAUGGGGUUGGGGGGUAGAGAAUGCAAUAGCCUGUUAAUUAUAUGACAUGUCUGUGAAUUUUCAAUUUCCUAUUAUUAUAAUUACUAUUAUUUAUUAUUUGACUGCUGUAUCAACAAAUAAGUAACAGACAAAGUUAUAAAGAUCUGGUUUCUGUCCUGCCAUAUACGUCCCAUAUAACAUGAAGUCUAGCUGGUGUUUGUGUUAGAAUAUGUUUUUUGUACUUAUCCCAGCCUCAUAGUUAAACCUGCGCCAUCCCUUUCUGUACUGCUUAGGGCUAAGUUUCCCCAAAAUCACCUGUAUUUGUGUGACUAGAUGGAGCAAAAGCUGAUGUUAGAGUGAAGGUUGUUUUUAGGAAACGUAGCCUGGAGCUUUCCAUCCUGAACAGAAUAUUUCACCCAGAGGCAUUUUUCUUACCCGCAUGGUACUAUCAAGCUGUGUAUCAAUGUACAUUGAAUAAAUAAAGACUCUGUGUGGAACCUG